GGGGCGUGUCCGGCGCCUGCGGGUUCGGGCGGUCCGGUGUGUGUGUGUGUGUGUUCAGUGUGAAUGUGGCAGCCGCAGGGAGGGGCGCGCGCUGGUUAUUUCAUUAAUAAAACUCAUAUCAUAUCUGGAGGAAUUAAAAGUGAUUUAUAACGGCGAAUCUCCAUCAUCUCGACGCGCGUGACGCUCGCUCCCGUGUGCCGCUUCACCGCAGGGACGGAGAUGAACAUGGGGCCGUAAAAAUGUUGGAAUAAUCGCUCGAAAGACUCUUUUCCUGGACAUAUUUAUAUGUAUUUAUUGUCGUGGUUUGCGGAUGAGCGAGACGGGCCGCCGGGAUGGAGCAGGGGAAUAUCCUGAGGAGGUUCAUCGAGGCCAUGAGAAGCGGCGAGCAGAAAGGAGAAGACAACUUCAGCUCGGACUUCAUGAGAUUACGCCGAUUAUCAACCAAAUACAGAACGGAGAAGAUCUACCCCACUAAUGUAGGAGAGCUGGAGGAGAACGUGAAGAAGAACCGAUACAAGGACAUUCUGCCGUUCGACCACAGUCGUGUAAAGAUGACGUUAAAAACAUCCAACCAGGACACAGAUUACAUCAAUGCAAACUUCAUUAAGGGAAUAGACAGGCCGGAGGCCUACAUCGCCACUCAGGGGCCGCUGCCCAACACUGUGCUGGACUUCUGGAGGAUGAUCUGGGAAUACAGGGUUGCAGUCAUCAUGAUGGCGUGUCGGGAGUUCGAGAUGGGUCGGAAGAAGUGUGAGCGCUACUUCCCCAUGUUCGGAGACGAGCCCGUGGCGUUCGGCCCCUUCAGGAUCUUGUGUGAGUCGGAGCAGGCGAGGACGGAUUAUUUCAUCAGGGCGCUUACAGUGGAGUUUAAUAACGAAACCCGUCGAGUGACUCAGUUCCAUUAUGUGAACUGGCCGGAUCACGACGUCCCGUCAUCAUUCGACUCCAUCUUGGAUAUGAUCGCUCUGAUGAGGGAAUAUCAGGAUCACGAUGACGUUCCCAUCUGUGUCCACUGCAGCGCCGGCUGUGGGCGAACAGGAGCCAUCUGUGCCAUCGACUACACCUGGAACCUGCUGAAAGCUGGGAAAAUUCCUGAAGAUUUUAACGUGUUCCAGCUGAUCCAGGAGAUGAGGACGCAGCGGCAUUCUGCAGUUCAGACCAAAGAGCAGUAUGAGCUGGUUCAUCGAGCCAUUGCACAACUCUUUGAGAAACAGCUGAUGCUUCUGGAGAGUCCGACUAACUCUGAGAUCACAGAUGGGAUGGAAGAGGGCAGCCCCGAAAAACCUGGUCAGAAUUCAGACGAGGAACGAUGGGAUUCGCCGCCUCCCAAACCGCCCCGGAUCCGCAGUAAUCCGGAGGGCGACGUGAAGGAGGAGAUUCUGCAGCCGCCGGAGCCGCUCCCGGUGCCGCCCAUCCUCACGCCGUCGCCGCCCUCCGCCUUCCCCACGGUCACACACGCGCGGCAGGACAACGACCGCUACCACCCCAAACCCAUCCUGCACGUGCUGGAGCAGAAGCCCGACCUCAACGAGAACUACAGCAGCAGGCCGGCGUCGCCCCCCGAGGACCGGCGCCCCGAGCGCAAGCUGAGCAUCGAGAUCAAGAAAGUCCCGCUGCAGGAGGGCCCCAUCAGCUUCGAGGGGAACAGCGUUCUUCAGCGCUCGCACGCCUUCAAGCGGUCCGACACCAGCGGCUCCCAGUGCGAGGAGAGCGACCCGCCGCGGCCCAAUCACCUGCCGCUGAGGGAUUCGGCCCGGUCCAGUCCCGCCAGAGCCCAGCGGUCGCCCAGUCCUGCUGUUCCCGCCAGAGCCGCGCUGAGCUUCACCAACCCGCUGCACUCCGGCUCGCCUGACGACACUCGCUGCGGGGUCUCCACGGUAACAGCGGCGCAGCAGAGCGAUCCAGUCCCGCGCGCACUCACACCGAUGUCCAGCGCUGGCCAGAGUCUCCUCACACACACCGCCUCAG